AUGAUCAAACCUGGCAAGUAUUCAGCCCUUAAGAUAUUCAGUUCCAACGUAAUAAAUUUAUUUGCGAAAGAAAACGAAGACCAAGAAGACGAAGAAGAACAAGAACAAGAACAAGAAGAACAAGAGCAAGACGAAGAAGAAGAAGAAGAUUAUUUUGAAGAGGUAAGAUGCACUGCAUGAGUGAAUUCUGCUUUGCUUACGUCACACAUUAGUCUGCUAAACACACAUUAAUUACACCAUGCAUCUUGACACUUCCAUGUGAAUAAUUUUUUUAAAAAAUUAGUUUUUAUAAUUGGGGGUAAUAAGUAGAAAAAGUUUGUCAACUCUUAGGACACAAUAUCAAAAUAUUUUUUCCCAAAUAAAAAAGACAAAACAUGAUAUACAUUUACUGUGAAAAAGACUCCAUGGUUGUAUAUGGCUAUUAGUUUGACCAUGGGAAUGCAGGGAAGUCUUUACCUUUAAUAAUUCGCAAACAUUUUAAGGGCCAGUUAUUUAAACGGAGUUUAGCCAGUGUUUAACAAAACCCCGCCCUAUUAACCAUUUUCAGUUUGCCGAACGCUAUAACGUAAACACCAUUCAUUCUGAACAGUUUCAUGGAAGCAUAUGGCGUAGACCGAAAAAGGGCAUUUGUCUUUUUAAAAUUACCCACUAAGGAAGAGCCUGAAGGUCGAAAGAUUUCCUAAACCUCGGUCUAAGUUACACUUCGAAGUUAGAUUUCGUUGGUCUAAAAGUUAGACUUCGUUUAGGGUUGGUUAUUAAAACGAAUUCUAGACCGCGGUUUAGGAAAUCUUUGGAUCUCCAGAUCCCUUCCUUUAUAUAUACUGAGGUUAUUUUAAAAAGAGAAAUGCUUGUCUUAUCUACGCCAUAUGCUUUCAUGAAACUGCUCACGAUAUAUGGUGUUUACAUUAAAACGUUCGGCAAACUGAAAAUGGCUUAGAACGCGGUUUUUGUUAAACACUGGCUUAACUCCGCUGAUAAUUAAUAAUUUGGACUACUUGCAAAAUAAGACAUCACAACUUUACCACAUUCGACGCACGUAUAGGAAAAGUGAAAUGUAAAAAUAAAAAUGUUCUACAAGUUUUAAAUCCUCGAAAUAUAUAUUUCGCUCUUUCGAAAAUUUUAAACUUCUAGAACACUUUAAUUUUUACAUUUUACAUUUCCUAUACGUGCGUCGAAUGUGGUAAAGACGUGAUGUCUUAUUUUGCAAGUAGUUCAAGUUAUUUGAACACAUUCCUAGUCUCGGCAUUGACAACUUGCCAAAAAUAUUGAUAAUGCCUUUAUUCUGUUUAUUUAACGAGGGUAAUCAUGUUAUUCUCGAGUCUACCUUGCGAAUAUCUAACGGCACACUGUUCCAUAAACACUGUUCGCUUAAAUAACAAGCCCGUAGUCUCGAUGGCGUUUCGAUGGCUUUUAGCAUGAGUAACCACUUUUUCUGUAAGGACUUCAGUCUAGUGUAAAAAUGGAAAAAACGCAGCAGUGAGAGGGUCUUUAAAAAUUUAUGAUUUUUCUAACAGGAAACUAAAAACUAAUUAAAAUGGAAAAAUUGAAAAGAAGCAAAAAUUCAGUGUUGAUAUGCGCAACACGGUUAUAAGAGUUUGAGCUUAGCAAGGCAGGGCAAAGCCUACGAUCAGUCUCUUGAUUUUUAGAUGGCUUUUAACACCAAUUUUAAGCACUAAACGCUUGAUUAUAUUUAUGCUGAGAUGAUUUUUUAAAAAUUUACGAUUUAUUUAACAGGACGGUACGUAAAACUUAUUAAAAUGCAAAAUUGCUUGGAGACAAAAAAAUGACUAAAAAAUAUGUCUGUGGGUGGACAGUAUAGCUGACAUUUUUAAAAACCAUUAUUUUGCGGCAUUACAUGCUUUAACUAAUUAAAAUUGAUAAAGGUAUUGGCCUGCGAAGCUUCUCUAAAAACUGUUAUGAAUAUACACUCUUCUAUAGAGAUAUUAAAUUCUGCAAGCAGAAUACUGCAAUGCUAUACUUAAACCAUGGUUUAUCAUGAGAAUUCUAUUGAAAACUGAUCUCUUUUUUCGAGUUUCACUGGCAAUAGCUGACGUUUUUAAAAUACUUUUGUGUCCCUUGCAUUAAUUAUUUACAAUUACUUAAUUAGGUACUGGUUUGAGAAGCUUCUUAUCACACUGCUCCCCAUUUAUAUACACGUUUCUUUUCUUAAAAUGCUCGAAAAUUAACAUAAAAUAAUGAAAUAUAAAACUCAAAACAUGAUAUAUCUUUACUGUAAGUUAUUAAUUUUUAACUAUAACACCUCGAAUGUGUAAAAGACUUAUAAAGUGGUAAUGUAUAAGCUAUAAGUUUAGAGCUUGAGUAUGGCAAGGAAGAGAAGAUUAAGGCUAUGUUCACGCUAUAUACCCUACAGCUUUUCCUGCCGCCUCGAAAUCUGUUCUGAACACCUAUCCGAUAUGAGACUCUCCACUUCAGAGAUCGGCGCGGCGCAGCUUCGCUCCGUCACAGAAAUCGCUUAGCCAAAACUGUUCUUUUGUGUGAACAGAAGGCCUACCCAGUAGGGAACUUUAGUUUUCGUCUUUACAGAUUGCAAAUUUAAUAAGUUUAUGUAAUCAAAUUCCAUGCCUUCCUCGUUUCGUUUCAGGUUAUUUGAUGUAAAGCUCCUUACGCCAUGAAGCCUUGCAUGUUUCAGAAACUACUGGCUCCUAUUUCAUUGCUCCGCAUUGUAUCCUGGAUACCACUUGGAGAAGCCGCUGGUCAAUGUAAUUCCGGAGGUUCAGAUUAUGGUAAAGCGCUCACAGGUCACACAUUUAAGAAAUUGAAGGUAAACCGCCCUUCUGAUUGCGUCAUAAGAUGUGAGAAUGAACCAGGAUGUCAGAGCUACAACUACAAGCUGGAGGAAAAAAUCUGUGAACUAAAUAGCAGAUCCAAGGAGACGAGACCUAUGAACUACAUAACUGACUUGACUCGAAUUUAUAUGACUGUUAAAUUCAUUGAAGGUUUGUUUUCACGCACGCCUAUUUAAUUCGCUUAGUUUAUGAAAACUAAACAGAUCAGAAAGAAAAAGAGGAUAUUAAAUGGCCGCUUGGAGAUAUGAAAUUUCUCUUCAAGUGUUGAAAAAUAUUUUUUCAACACGGGAAGAAAAAUUUCGUAUCUCCAAGCAGCCAUGUAAUGUUAUAUUUAUUAUAUAAACACCAAUGAAAUACCAAACCAUUUCACUUUAAUAUUUUUUGGUGUGAAAGACGCGAUUUAUUAUGUAGCCAUAGCAACGGUGAUAUUUUCACGUGUGAAGAUAACAUGUUAUUUUCACUAGUGAAAAUAUCAAGUUUUCGCGCGAAAGCUCACCUGGUAUUUCAUUGGCGUUUAUGUAAUAAACAGUUUUUCGUGGAUACGAAAGAGAAAUAGCUGUGAGCAUGCGGAAGGAAGUGCAAUACCGCCGACUUUCGUGGUGUGACCAUUACUCUCAGAUUUUCUGCACUAUGACUCGGGACAUAUUGGCUUUGAAAUAAUAUUGAAAGUCUGUAGCCUCUUUGGAUGGGCUCAAGAUUGGGAUUUUAGAAGGCUCGGCAAAUUUAUUAUAUGGCCCCCGUUUUAAACCACUUUAGCCUUGAUAAUGUCUGUCGGUGCUAUUCUCAAUGACGGAGUUGAUAGUUUAGACUGAUUACAGUCUACUAUUUUCCCCCAAGAUCUUGGUAAAGAUCGAGCGCAGACAUCUUGGUUUCAAGAGUAUCGGAUCCACUUUUCUCCUUUGCUAUAAACGCCUACGCUCACCUUCUCGCUACAAUUGAAAUUAAGAUGACCGCUCGUUACAGUUCGAUCUUAGCGAUUUACUUGUAUAUGUGGCUACCAGAACUUGAUAACUUGUAAAUUGCGAUUAAUAGGUACGUGUAUACAGCAUUUACUCAUCUGCAUUUUUUGGAGUGCCUAUUUGGGUAUACUUAAAUACAGUAUAUGCUCGGCCGAAAGUAGCGAAAUAGCCUAGGCUAAACUAUAAUGUUAGCUGGAUCCGGCUAUGUAUACGAAACUAACAAGAAAAGCAAAGUGGAUGGUUUCAGGACUAAAUGUGCUUCCUAAUUCUCAGUCUCUUAUGUAUUUCAGUGCCACAAACUAAGGAAAUAGCAAGUAAAUAAAACCCACAUAUAGUAAAGAAAUCAAAUCAAUCGUUAUACUGAAAUAAGGUCUCUUCGUAUAUCGCAGAUAAAGAUGAAUCCUCUUCAAGUCAGUGGAACAUAUCUGAUGGUAGGUAGAGCUAGGUUCCAUGGUACUGAAAAUAAGAAAUAUCGAUCAUGUCAUGCACUGGCCAAGUCCUCAUAACAAUAUAGUAAAGGCUUAAAUUCAUUACUUGAUUUCAUCUAUGACAAAGCAAUUUUACAACUAAACGAAUAUUUAAUAUUUAUAUCUAUAUGAUGUUGAGCCUUAGUAUUUUGUUAUUGUCGCCAGGUUCAGUUUAUCCUAAUCCUGGACCCAACAGUAUCAACUUUUCAAUCGCUCAUUUAAAUGUCGGAAGCCUAAAUGAUAAUGAUAAGCUGAGCGAAAUUUAUGUUUUGGCUUGUUUGUAUGAAUUCAAUGUUUCUGCGUUUUCUCAAACGUGGUUGAAUUCUAGCGUAUCUAAUGACUCUAUUCUCAUUCCUGGUUAUAGUUUACCCUUGAGGAAAGAUAGGGUCAGGAAGCUCGGAGGAGGUGUGGCAAUUUAUGCCAAAGAUAACAUUGCAGUUAAAAGACGUGUUGAAUUUGAAUACUCUGCUGGAUUAUAACUACUCUGGGUUCAGUACAGUUUUAAUAAUUUUGUUUUUCAAAUGAGGAAAAGGCCGUUUUUGAGUGCUCACAAAUGAACUUUGAUAAAAUUAAAAGUUGCGGCCAAAUUUUCUCAGCUACUGUUCUUUUAGGCGAUUUCAAUGCUCUCUUUAAUUAUGGUGAUACUUCAUCGUCAAACACCGAUAUUGGCAUCAGAGUUUUCAACUUUUUGUAAAGUAACAAUAUAUAUCAACUUGUCGAUAAUCCAACGCGAAUCACUCGGUCUGAGGAUUCCAUUCUUGACCUUAUCAUAUCAGACUCGCGUGGCUUUUUUGUUUCUUCUGGUACUCUCAGUCAGCCAACCAACAAUGAUCACUGCAUUAUCUAUGCAAAUUUAAAUUGUCGCAAAGAAAAACCCACAUCUUUUACCAGAGAGAUCUGGAAUUUUAAUGAUAUUGAUCUUGAUGGGUUAAAUGGCACUUUAUCUAACGCGGAUUGGAAUGAUGUUUUUGACGCUGCGCUUUUCGAUAUCGAUGUCAUUUAUCAUAGAUUUUUUUCUAUUUUGUUAAGUACAGUUGAGUCUUUAAUAUCACAUAAAAAAGUGCCGAUUAUUUGACCUUGCGACAAACCAUGGAAGACUGGUCAGAUCCGUAAAGCCGUUCGAAUGCGUGAUCGUCUUUUAAAAACUUAUUCUAAAUGUAAAUCAACUACAUCCUGGGAUCGUUAUCGUGUUUAGAGGAACUUAGUAGUUAGUCUUGUCAGGAAAGCGAAGAUUAAUUAUAAUACAAAGACUAACCUAGCUCUUAGUGAUCCAGCAAUUUCUUCCAAAAAAAUGAUGGCGUAUUGUAAAAUCUAUGUUUGGUAACAAGUGUUAGUCGGCUAUCCCGGCGAUCUCCGAAGGAAAUGUUUUCAUACCUGAUCCAAAAGAAAAAGUUAAUAGGUUUUUCUAUGAUUAUUUUGUGAGUCAAGCCACUGUGCCAAAUGGUGACUCGGCUGAAAUUCCUUUUCUUCCUCGGUAGUCAGCAGACUCCUUGUCUGUUAUCACUGUGGAUGAAGAAAUGGUUCGUAACCUUAUGUCAUCUGUUAACAUUUCAAAAGCUCAGUAAUGGCUACGACGGCAUGGGUAAUAAGACAGAAUAAGACUAUGUAGGGAAGGUCUAUAUAAACCAUUCACAAGUUUAAUCAACACUUCAUUUCGACUUGGUCAAUAUCCAAGUGCUUGGAAACUUGCAAAUGUUAUGCCGUUAUUUAAAAAAAGAUGACCGUCAACUGAAGACUAAUUAUCGCCCGGUUCCAUUUUUGCCAUGUUUAUCUCAGAUCUGUGAGAAAGUAGCCCUUUUUCAUCUUUUAAUUUUCUUAAUAUGACUGGUUUCUUUUUAUAAGUUUCAAAGUGGUUUUCGUCCAGGGGAUUCCACUGCAAUGUAACUUGUAUAUAUUGUUCACGAGAUUAUGAAGCCCGUGAGGAAGGCAGUAAAGUGAGAGCAGUUUUCCUUGAUAAAUCCAAAGCGUUUGAUAGAGUGUUGCAUUGCUGUCUGAUAGCCAAGUUAAGAAGCAUUGGAGUUGAGGGGAAUUUGUUUAACUGACUUAUAAGUUACCUUUCUUGUCGUAAACAAAUAGCGAUAAUCAAAGAACUACAUUCUGAUUGGCGUUAUAUAGAGGCCGGUGUCCCCCAGGGAUCGGUCUUAGGUCCACUAUUGUUUCUUAUUUACAUUAAUGACCUACCAGUCACAAUCUCUUCUCGCUGUUUUUUAUUUGCUCAUGAUUGUUUUUUGCUGGAAAACGUUCAGUCUCCUACACAGGAAAAAAUAACGGACUUCCAUUUUUGGAUAUUUUAGGGUAUUUAAAGAAUACCCACAAAAAUCCCAAAUUUGGAAGAGUGAGACAAGUCCCAAUCAGGGAACUUGGUUGGGAAUUCCCUGGAUGGAACUUGUCUCACUUUGCCAAAUUUGGGAUUUUUAUGGGUAUUCUUUAAAUACCCUAAAAUAUCCAAAAAUGGGAAUCCGUUCUUUUUUCCUGUGCUAGACACUGGGCUUCUAAACUUAAUCAUGACUUGACAUCAAUAUCAGACUUGUUUAACCAGUGGUUGGUGACUAUGAAUGAAUCUAAGACUAAAUCGAUUGUUUUUUGGGCAAAAAGAGAUAAGCCUUUGCAACCCCCUUUGAUUUUGAACGACAGUAUUAUAGAGGAUGUGACAGUUCAUGAACAUCUUGGUUUGACCUUGUCUUCUAACUUAUCUUGGCGAGCGCAUAUAUUACAUUGUAAAACAAUUCAAUUGAACAUCCUAAAGCCAUUGAAAUACAAUUUGAGCCGUUAUAUACUUGAGGUUUUAUUCAAAUCCUUGGUGCGUUCAUCCUUAGAAUAUGCUGAUGUAGUUUGUGAUGGAUGUUCUGAAUCUGAUAGUAAUUUGUUAGAAAGCUUACAAAUAGAGGGCGCAAGGGUUGUAACCGGUGCUGUAAAAGGUACAAACAUGGUGUCGCUAUUAAAUAAACUUUCUUGGGUCGAACUUAGUGUUAGAAGAAAACUUUAUAAACUUACUUUGAUGUACAAAAUGGUAUUUAAGUUAGCCCUGCCUUAUUUAUGAGAUUUUUUUCCUAAUUUCAUUUCUGAAAGAUCUACUUAUUGUCUCCGUUCUGACAAUAAUCUCUGCUUACCCUUCGUUCGAACUGAAAGGCACAAAAAAUCUUUUCUCUUUCCAUCAAUUAAAGAGUGGAACAGUCUUCCAUUAGAGACGCGCAUAUCGCCUUCUCCAGGCGUCUUUAAGCGCAACCAUUUUAAAUUCCUGCAUUUUCCAUCCCGCAGCUAUCUACCUAUCGUUUCUAUUGUUUUCCCUCAAAUGCCACAACCACCAUCACAUUUGUAUCAUUUUCCUCCACCAACAUCACAUUUCUAUUGUUUUCCCUCCACCACCGCCCGCCACCACCUUUUUUAAAUCUUUCGUUCCUUUGUUUUCUUUUGUCAUUUAUUUUAUACUCGCGUUUUACACAUGGGCAGUUUAAGGCCUACCCUCUGUUACUAAGACUGCGAAAUAAUUCCUUUCAGGUCUCCUUUCUCAUUGGCGGCUCAAUGGUACGGACAGUCAAGUCAAGUAAGAAAACAUGUGAAUUAAUGAGCAAAAUUCGUAGUUUUUCCUUAUGUGUUGUCAAACAAAAUAAAAGGUCUCCACAAUCUCACUCCCAGAGCACUCGUUCCCCUUUAGUUCUUCUACUGUUUAUCUCUGUUGCUGCAAGAAAUUGGACUGUGAACUCCGUACCGGCAUGUACGUGACGUCACGAUAGCCUGACACGUUAAAUUCGCCAAUACUAGUGUUGGGUCCACAAAUAUAUAAAGCGUUCUCCAUGCCCUCCUGAUUCCUUCAUUCGGGAACUUAAACAACCACUGUCGGCAACGGUGGAGAAAACGUCAUUUAAAAUGUGAAUUCUCGCUGUUUCAAACUUCGUUGGUCUUAUUCCAUCUCUUUCAUUUUCUCAAAUUUUCGCCAAUUUUUCUGGAGUUGUAAUCUAAAGGACUGUACUUAGUUUAGAUUCAAAUCAUUUUCUUGUGUUCACGUCCUUCACAAAACGUGAAACUAGAAAGUUUCACGUAGUAUUCGUGCCCUAACAGCAAAUAAAUGUGUAAAAAUAGCGAAGUGCAUGGUCAAGAAUAACGAGGACUCGAGGAACGAGUUUGAUACCUUCCUGAUGUAGUUUUAAAAACGUUUAUAUUGCUAUUCCCUUUAUCACUUUUACUAGUGAGUGUGGAAUACCCACCUUGAUUUUUUGAACCAGAAAUAUCUCACCAGUGACAAGUAGGUAUUUUGCCUGUUACCAAAAGGUGUUCUUCGAUACUAAGAACUCAUUUGGAACCUUCGUUUUUAUCCGAUGGGUCUGUUGCAAAGUUGCGCAUGCGCAGGCUAAGGCAUGUAUACUCUUGUAGGGUAUUCGCGUCGGGAUAGUAACUUAAAUGGGUUAUGUUCCGUAAAGUACUGUACGAACUCUACCCUGCAGAGCUCUACGUGACGCGAGAAUUAGCCGCGUGAGACAACGUGAACUGUCUUUAUGCCCUUUUGCAGCUUAAAGGGAUCUGCAAGAUACGAGGAGCAAGAUGGAAGAACAGCUCUGUAUUUAGACGGAAGUAGUGGGACGUUCGCGGAGACUCCGUCUUUUCCCAUCCAUCGCACAAACCUGACAAUCGCCGUAUGGAUCAAAAUGAACAGCUCGGGUGCACAAUAUCCAGUUUAUGGCGACUGGUCUUCUCCUUGGUCAUUUCGAUUGUAUAUUGAACCGAGCAGUCACAUUUGUGUCCAGGCGAGAAAUGAAUAUGAUAUAGAUUUUCUGGUGUUGUGUACAAGGUAGAUAUUUUCACUUGUCUUUAUUACUUUUUGUAUGUCGGUAUAGUGGUCUCAUCCAUCUGAUUAUUGCGACGAGUGGCAUCGAAUGUUCAUAUUCACAAUAUAUCUCCAGCCUUUAUUAAUCACAGACUUGUCUCUCACAAAGAUGCCAAUCUACAACUCGUUCCAUAGAGUACUCUUAGACACAGCCGACUGCCAUUAGGGAUAACAACAAGUAUUCCUUUUACCCAAGGACAAUUACAGAAUGGAACAAACUCCCAAGGGGCAGUAUAGCAUUGUCCAAUUCACUGGCUGCUUUUAAAAGUGCAAUUUCAAACAUUUAUUGACACUUUUAUUACUUUGCACUCAUAAGCGCUAUUUCUGUCACUUUUGUUUUCCUUUGUUUGUUUGUUUUUUCUAGAGCUGUCUAAAAUGCUCAAUAUUGAGUGAAAGACCUAAAUGGUAAAUAAAUAAAUAAUCAAUGAUCAAUAGGAUCGAGGAGUAUUCCACGAUACGCAAUGAGUAAUCGAACACAGGGAAAACGCUUUCCGGGAUGAAAACAAGUUGAUGUAAACUCCUAUUUCGCUGACUUUGAUAUGACUGCUUUCAUGACAGUAUUUUUUAGUGCGCAAGUGAACUUGAUUCCAUAGUUGUUGGAGUUCGUGAACUGUUCAUGUAAGCAAGUAACCUAAUCAGCUAGGGCGGAACCAGAACCUUCAGAAAAGGGCGGGGGGGAUAACUUGCCAGCUUUUUGAUACUAUUCAUUUUUCCGAGAAUUUUUUAAAUUUGAGAGAAAAAGUGAGGGGAAAGGGGUGGGGGAGGCCACCGCUAAAUCUGCCCUUGCCACUAAAGCCUGGUUUUCAUAUGUCAGGAAAAUACCAGACGAUCGGGUAUGUUAAUUUUUGCCGACCAUCCCAGAUACAUCGGAUAAUCGCCAGAAGUCUGUCCAAGAUUCUAGAGAGAAGCCAUGUUUAUUUGUGAUAGGGGGACUGGAGCCCAGCAAUUUAGGGGAUUGGUAAUGAGCGAAAACCAUCGCAGACAUUCCCGACGGUACAAAUUUGAGUUUUCAUUUGUCAGGAAUGAUCGACGACCAUCGCAGAAAUCUGUGACGCAUCGGGAAAAUAGAACGCUCCCGAUUCUCCAGAUUUGUCCCCGUCCAUCCCUGACGAUCGGGAAUAUCUAAGAUUUCGAGUUUUCAUUAGUCGGCAAAAUCUGGGACGGUCUGGAAACAGUAAAAUCCCCGAUCGUCUGGGGUUUUCUCGACAUAUGAAAACCAGGCUUAGAGUGUAUUAUGAAUUCCGUUCUCGUAUCAUGAGAAGAGAGUCAUGAGGCCUCUUCAACUGGCAUAAAUUUUCAUUACACUCUCAGCCUCAGCCUCAUAUAAAAAUUGUUGAAUAGGUAAACAAGUGUAACUUUUGAUCUGAAGUAAUUUGACGUCGACAAAACGUUAAUGAGUUUUAAUUUAUUGGUUUCCUUUACUUAAUGAAUAUUAAAAACAAGUAUGGAUUUAAACUGUCAACGUCAACAGCAGCAUCAGUUAGAUACCUAGAGUGUAGUUUCUCGGAAGGUGAUGUUUUGUGGAAAAGUUCGCCAUCUUGGAUUCGCCAUUUUGAAUUAAUUCAAAUGUAACAAACUCACUCUUGUCAAAUUAAUCGAGAGGAAAAGGCUAAAAAAGUAAAUGCCACCCAUGACAUAUCAAUCCCCUCUCUAUUUUUUGCAGAGAUACUGUCCGAGUUAACAAGUGGAGUCACGUGGCAAUGACUUGGGGACGAACAGAAGGUACUCUAAGGCUUUUCAUAAACGGAGAGAUGAAUACGAGUAAGAACGUGACAAGCAACUCAAUAGACAUCAAGAAUUCAGGCCAUUCCGUGUACGACAUUGGCUUAAAGAGAGAUGACGGGACAACUACACAUGCGUACUACAGUGACCUCAUGGUGUUUAGUCGCGAGCUACGCUUUUCAUCCAUUGAAAAUGUGAAUCAGAUAAAGGAACAUCUUGUUCUUAAUCACCCACUGUACGCUUAUAUUUAACUUUUUAAGCUUAUGCUUAUGUCAUUAGCUUGCCCCAGGGGUAGGAAAUACGAGCCUUGCCGGAGAAUACAAGGGAAUGGAUAGGAUUUACUACUCCUGCCAGGAAAAAUUUACGACAUUGAGUACCCGGGAAAGGGGUGGGAGUUUUCAAAUUUAAUCGCCAACGGCAAUAUGACUGGGGUGUCACAGGGAUUUAAGGCUUUCCCCGAUCCAUAAAUUACAACAGGAACCAUUUUCAAAAAGAGUAUCUCCUUAACCCCAGUUAGGGUGAAAUACAGUUGAACCUCUCACAACGGCCACCUUGGGGACAGAUGGAAGUGGUCAUUGUAGAGAGGUGACCGUACGUUAUAGGGAGGAAGGAGUGUACAGUAAUAUAUAGUUUUUUUCUUUUCGGGGAGUAAAAUAAACAAUAAGAAUCAAAAUGUUGGCAAAAGACA